UUGUUGAGGUCAGCGAGGCGGCCGCAGCGGACGGAGAGCAGCCAGCCGUCCUCACAUCUGCCCCCGGAACAGAUUUACACCAAAGCAGGGACAGGAACAAAACGAUGCUGUCGGUUGAGAGGGGCUCAGCCCAUUGUCGAGGGGAGAAGUCCCAGCCGCCGAACCCAGGCUCAUCGUCAGCCAUCCUGCACAGAUGGACUUCAGAUAAAACAGACUGAAGUUCUACCCUCAUCCUGACCUUCAGCCUGUCCCAGAUCCUCCAACGUUCGACCGAAAUGACCGAUCCCACUGGGCUGGGCCCCGAAGGGGAGGGGGCCGGCAUGGCUAAUGUUGAUGUAUGUAGUUUGGAAAUCGAGAGAAAAUAUGACGUCAUCCCUGCAGUCAUCUGCUCCAUGUGUUGUCUCUUCGGCAUCAUCUACUGCUUCUUUGGUUACCGCUGUUUCAAGGCGGUCAUGUUCCUCUCCGGUCUCAUGUUUGGCUCGGUCAUCAUAUUCUUGCUGUGCCACAAGGAGCACGUGCUGGACACGCAGCUGAGCGUGGAGGCCAGCGCGGGGAUCGGCCUGGGCAUAGGCCUCCUCUGCGGCCUGGUCACCAUGCUGGUGCGCAGCGUGGGCCUCUUCAUGACGGGCCUGCUGCUGGGACUGCUUCUGGCUCUGGCCGCCCUGCUGGUCACCAACCAGUUCUACACUCCCACCACAGUCUGGGUGCCCCUGGGCACUCUGCUGGGAAGCGGCAUGCUGUUCGCUGUGCUGACGCUGCAGUGGCAGAAGGUCUUCACCAUGCUCUCCACCGCCGUGUUCGGAGCGGCCAUCAUGACUGUGUGCGCCGACUAUUUUGUGGAGAUGCUGGUGUUGGCCUCUCACGUGUACGACUGCUUGCGCCUCACGCCCGGGCCACAGCUCUGCUGGUACAGCUGGGUGAUUCUGGGCAUCUGGCCAGCCCUCAGCCUCAUAGGUGCACUGGUCCAAUGGAAACUGACAGAUGACAGCUUCUCACACACAGAUGUCGUCAUCAGUCGGAGACAGAAGCGAGUCCAGCUGAUGCGGAUCCGAGAGAAGGACGCCAAGAAGCGUCAGCAGGCAGGUGGGCAGGAAGGCACGUACCGCCGUAAACCCGCUCCAGUGAAACGUUACGCUGGGGAUCUGCUGGCGCCGGUCAGUGUAGCCCCACACAGCGUGUGCCACAGUGUUUUCACUCACUUAUGCUAACACAUUAUGAGUUCAAAAAGUGGAGAUGUGUCUCUGUAGCAUGAUAUGGAAAGCAUGACUCAUUUCUCCUGGUUUUGUUGUUCUCAGAGCUACCUACAAAGUUUGCGGGACAGGCAGAUGGGCACAGGUACUUCAAUUAGCAGCGUUGGCACCACAGAGCAAACUAUGAUCGACAUGGACUACGAUACGGGCUCCACGGUUCCCCUCACUGCCACAACUCCAGUCGUCAGGGUCUGAGAUAUGACAGAAAAAGAAGCCAUGGUUGUCCAGAUGUCUUCCUAUCAGCGUAGGUCAUUAACAGCUCUACUAUUAGAAGGAUUUACUGCCUUGAAACGGAAUUGGAGCGAAGAUGGCUUUCUCGUCAGGUUGCUCCUUUCUGGAUGGAUUUUACAAGCUUUGGAAGUCCUGUUUGACGAUGCUAAAACCACUCUAACCACCAUGUUUCUCAGAGAAACAAUGAAAAAUAGAUUCUAUGGCCACCCAUUUCCACUUCUUGUGUUAAAUACAUAACAAGCAUGAGCCUCAGACACAGAAGAAUUUCCGUUUGACAUUACUUGUACUGUACUUCAAGAGUUAGUCUUUGCCAUAAAGUGUUGUGUUGUGUUGUUACCUGUCUUUCUUUCUAACUUUCUGGUCAGAGAAUUUGGACAAGUUUGUCAGUAGUACACUUUGGUGUAAUGUUUUCAGAUAGAAUAUUGUGAGAAAGUAAAGUAUGAUACUGGGUCACACAGCAUUUGACAAAGUGAAGUGAGAAGUAAAUGCAAUAGAUAAAUAAACAAAUAUAUUUGAAAGCAGAUCCACGCUAACUACACCUCAGACCUGUUUGUGCUUCUGGAGUCCAGCCAUCUCAUCAGAAUACAAUCUAUGAAGAAUUUAGACUGUUGUGUUUAGACUGUGUGCCUUUGGAUGAAUCCCUUUUUUAAUAUAAUUUAUGUAAUGAGCAAGUAUCUGAUAGAGAUUUUAAAAAAUAGAAAAAAACUAAGCAUGUUGGUUGUUCAUUUGUAGCUAUUUGAAUCUUUUUCCAUUUUAUGUUUGAAUUUUACAGAAGUGGCAAAUCUGUCAAGUGAAUAUGUAAAUACCUGUUGAUAGAAUUUUCACAGAUAAAUAAAUUUGAUAUAAAAUAACA